AAUACAAAACGAAAAACAACAAAUUUAAGAAAGUGAAAACAAAUUGUGGCUUUUUGUUCCAUGAAAUUAACGUGAUUGAUGAAAUCAUAAACAAUUUGUCGUUUCCAUAUUUUUGAAGCAAGUAAAUGAGGAUUAUGAAUCGUCAUAACACGAAAGGAACAUUGUGUUCGUAAACGUUUUAUCGGAGAAAAAGCAAAAGGAUUUUUAAUUUGGAUAAUAAAGAAAAGCACGGUGAUUCACAGCCAUACAUUGGAAAUGUUCCCCAAAAAGGAAAAAACUGAAACAAAACGAUGACUCCAAUACUGAAAAUACUACUCUUCUUUGCUCUAAUUGUUGUUGAAACAGCAUCCCAAAGAGAAUCAUUUUGUCCACCGCAAGAGCUUAUAGCCCCGUGUCGAUGUUCACAGAAGGAAAAGGACAUCCAAGUUUGGUGUUCCCACAGCGACUUACCGAGAGUUUUACAUGGACUAAAGUCUGUAGCAAAAACAAUCGACCGACCAAUCGAUGAGUUAAUUUUGGAAAAUAAUCAACUACCAUCACUGCCUGGAAAGUUUCUAUCACCGCUUCGAGUCGUACGACUGAUGUUACGGCACAAUGGUCUGGAGAGAUUGGCAAAUGGUUGGUUAAAUGAUCUGGAAGACAGUUUGGUGGAAGUUUUUAUCGUGGAACGAGAGCUCCGCAGUGUGCCGCUAGACAGUUUGAUGGGAUUGAGACAACUGGAAGCUGUUACCAUUCAAAGUGAAAGUUUGAAAAGAGUUCCCAUUUUCUCCGGAUUAAAGAGCCUGCGAUAUGUGAAAAUUCAGAGUAAUUCGUUGGUGGAAUUGGCACCGAACACAUUUCGAGAUAUGCCUAAAUUAGAAACAGUGCAAAUACUUGGAAGUGGUCGUUUGAAUCGUUUGGAAGCAGGCCUGUUUAACGACUUGCCCCAAUUGAAAUAUUUAAAUGUUGCGGAAAAUGGCAUCAGUUGGAUUCAUUUAAGGGCAAUGUCUGGGCUUCCAAAUCUUAAGACAAUAGAAUUGAGCAGUAACAAAAUAUCAGACGCUGGAAUGGUAGGACGAGCCGUAAAGGAUUUGAACAGAUUGGAAGAAUUAAAAUUGGAUCGAAAUCAUAUAACAAGACUUUCGGAGGCAAGUUUUGUCGAUUUACCAGCUUUGAGGGAGUUAUUGUUGAAUGAUAACGCAAUAUCUGAGAUAUAUCAUGGCGCAUUUCAUAGAACUCCGAUGCUAAAAUUGAUCCACCUGGAAAACAACUUUUUAAGCCGCGUUCAUCCAGAAUCAUUUCUGUUGAGAUCUGGCAGUGGUGUGGAAUAUCUUCAUAUGCAAAACAAUGAAAUCGCUAGAGUGGAAGAACUGAGAUCAUUGUUGGACGCUCUACCCAUGCUAAAGUUUCUUGAUCUGAGUAACAAUCAUCUGCAAGAGAUUCCUUUUGGUGCAAUUCGUGGACAUGGUACAUUGGAACAACUAUACUUAGACAACAAUUUAUUGAAACGCAUUGAAAGGGACGCAUUUCUUGCUAUGCCCGCACUGAGGGAAUUGAGAAUGAGAAAUAACAGCUUGUCUGAAGUGUUACCGCUACCAUUUUGGAAUCUCCCUGGCUUGAAAGGCUUAGACUUAUCCAAAAACAAGUUCAGGAGAAUUGAUCCAACGCUACUGAUGGGACUACCGUCACUUCGUAGUCUGGAUAUCAGUUUAAAUUAUCUAUCCACACUUGAUCCUUCGUCUUUUGCAAAUACACCCAUGCUUGAAACCAUUAAUAUUUCCCGGAAUGAAUUGUCCAUGAUCCAUCCAUCAACAUUCCAAAAACUCGAAAAUCUUUUCGAAAUUGAUGCUAGCUACAACAAUCUUCAAGAAUUUAUACCUGGAUUGCCGGCUAUAGUGGAACGGAUUAGCAUGAAAAGAAAUAAGAUUUCAUCGUUGCCUGUUCCACCAAACAAAGCUUUAGAUUUGCCUAAUUUAAGAAUGCUGGACAUCGGUAGUAAUAUGGUGCAACGGAUACCUCGAUCAGUGUUUAAGUCACUACCACAACUACGCUAUCUGAGUCUUGCCAAAAAUCGUAUCCAGACAAUUGACGAGACAAGCUUACAUGGUCUGGAGCGGUUGGAAAUUUUGAAUCUUCGCGACAACAGAAUUAUGGCAAUGCACGAGAAAAGCCUUCAGACCCUUCAAGAUAUCAAAGACCUAAACAUUCAAGGAAAUCGAAUUGAACUGUUUGUUGAUGGUUUGUUAACCAAUUUACAGCGACUGGAGAGACUAGAUCUGUCCAGAAAUAACUUAAUUGAGGUUCAACCAAACAGUUUCCGGAACACACGAUCGCUACGUUCAAUCGAUAUUUCGGAAAAUAACUUGAGAGAUUUACCCGAGAGCAUUAUGGGCUUGUCGGAUCUACGAGAACUAGACGUAAGCUUUAACCGAUUAAGUGGUCUAUCUCCAAUUGUUUUGUCAUCGCUGCGACAGCUUGAGGAACUGAAAGCAUCGAACAACAAAGUGUUGGGUAUUCCUCAAGGCACAUUUAGAGAUUUACCACUGCUUCAGUAUCUCGAUUUAUCUAGCAAUGAAUUGAACAUGAUGGAAGCUGGCAGUGUAAGGAACCUACCACAACUGCAAGAAAUCGUUUUGGCUGAUAAUCGCUUGGUAGAAUUGGGAGACAGAAUUUUCGAGGAAUUGCCAAAUUUGCAAGCAGUGCAUCUGCAACAAAACAACCUGCGAUACAUUUCACCGAAUUCUUUCAUUCGAUCGCCGUCGAUCGUUUAUUUGAACAUUUCGUCUAACCAUUUUCGAACGUUGGAACAUGUUGGACUACGCAGCGUUAGGAAUCUCGAAGUGCUAGACUUAUCUAACAAUGGAAUUAAACGAAUAACAACUAAUCCACUGAGAGGCUUGGACUGGUUGGUCGAGCUGAAGCUGGAUGACAAUCGUAUUUGCAAAGUGCAGGGUGAACCAUUUUCAACAAUGCCACGGUUACGCGUUCUAACAAUGCGAAACAACAAAAUGAGUACAAUAGUCGAGCCGACAUUCCGUAGUCUACGAGGAAAUUUGGCAAUAUUGGAUCUCGAUGGAAAUCCGCUAGAUUGUACCUGUGACAUGUUGUGGCUUCGGGCUUGGUAUCAAGAAACGGACUCGUUAACACAUUAUCCGGGUCCGCGAUGUCGUGAUGGUACGAUGCUAAGAGAGACGCGAUUGUCGAGAAGUGAGUGUCAAACAGAUGAAAGAUCUAACAAUAUUCCACUGACGAAUGAGCAUGGUGACCUUUUCUCCCGACAAAUAAAUUAUGACGAAUGUGAAGAGGAUGGCUUUGAUGAGCCUCCAUUGAAUUAUCCUCCUCCUUCGCCAAUAGAUAGCGAAUAUUUCGACGAUCAAUAUAUUGAUUAUCCUAUCAACGAAACUCAUUUAGCAAUCAGCAACAAUUCCGGCCCAAUUCAACUAAGCCCUCUGGACGUUCCACUAGGAGCAAACUUAUCAAAUACGAUUCUUAAUUACAACAAACACCAACAGUUCCUUCAACAACAGCAACAACAAUCUCCAGGAUCACAAUUUACAUUCUUCGGUAUGCCACUUCCGAGUUUAAAUAUUGGAAACUUAUGGAAUAAUGGCCGGAGUGCUAACAAUCGAGCCAACAAUCGAGCAGCAAGCGGUACGAAAGGUAAAGCAAGAGUACAAGUUUAUCGACCUGAAGACUUGGAAAUAUUCAAAUUUCUCAAUCAACGCGAUCCACAAACGGACAAAAGAAUUGAUCCAAGAGAAAGGAAUUCUUUGCAGGCUCUCCCAGAUCACCCACAAGAUAACAAUUCGCAAUAUCGGCCUUACUUUCAAACUCCAUUCGUUGAGCCACCAAGGCCCAUCGAAAAGGGAGGCUUUGUACCAAUAGUGCCAGGAACGACUGGAGGUUUUACUCCGAUACAAAAUCCAUAUGAAAACUCCACAGAAAAUGCAACUGAUGAUGAAAAUCAGUCAAGCGAAUCAACAUUAAUAAAAAUUGAAAAGAAUGGAACCAAAGCUUGGAACGAUGAUAAAUUUCAAGUUCCAGUUAUGUCGGAAUCACCAAAAGUGAUUGAUUACGAAGCCGAACAAUCCGACAGCAAAUUAAGUUCAAGUAACGAACAAUAUUUUGCGUCGUCGACGGAAAUGUCGAAAGUUACAACACUGUCUCCGCUACAAAACUUUUUGGCCGAUCUAACAGCACAGCGAAACGAUCAACCCACUACAAUAACAUAUACCGAGUCGACAGUACGAUCGGAACAAAGUAUAACAAGUGAUCCUCCUUCGACAACAUACAGAGCACCAGCGUACCUGCCGGAAUCAACAACAUCAACGAUAAAAAAGUAUGCUGACUCUCCCAGUUCACUUUCUGCAUUGGUGGCACCAGGAGCUCAAUUAGCCAAUUAUCGUCCACCAGGACGGUCGACAAUCACAAAAAUCUUCUCAUCAACACCGAUACCUGUUGCUGAGGAGUAUCAGCGAACUACAUCUGACGUGAGAAAUGACAACAUUAAUUCAAAUUACAACGAAUUGAAUAGUGUCCCAACAACUGAUGUGACUCCAGAUGAAACAACCAGAAAGGCCAACAUGGAUUGGUACUAUGCAAAUUACAACAGAACUACAGACGAAGGAUACAACAUUGGUCUGAACAGUUUGCGUAGUGGAGCCUCUGUUAGUGUUCCCUUGAAUUGGAUUUUCUCGUUAAGUAUUGUGUUGAUCGGUUCGUUAUACAUUUAAAAUUAUCAUAGUUGGACAGUGUAAUUAAGUUGAUGAGUUAAUAAAUUUUAUGUGUAGUUAAA